UACUUCGUUGUUGUGUGCCCAGGGUCCGUCAUGUGGAGUGGAAUGAAGUGUAGCCUACCGUAGAGAGGAGUAGUGCCUCAUUCCGCCGCUAGGGGGCGGAAAAUGACAAAAGUGAUGCAGGCCUAGCCUAUUGGUGAGGAGACGCCGAACCAAAGCAGGGGCUGGCCUUUACGCAGGAGGGACGUCAUGUCAAUUUCAAGAGUUUCUUCGUAAGCGGAUGGAGUAGGGCUACGAGAAAACACGCUGCUCUGACUCAAGCCAACAGACACACCGCGGACUCCUCGUGGUUGAGCCCGGCCGGCAUCAGACCACACACCGGAGCGACACAGAGAAGAAGAAGAAAACGGCGAGAGAACAAGAGCCGGCAAAGCGGGAAGCUUUUUGUCCCCGAGUGAGUAAAAAGAAAAAAAAGAAACUCAGCCAACGAUGUCAGGGUUGAAAAAGAGAAACUCGAAUUCCUCGGCAGACAGGGAUGAGGAGGACAAGCAGGCAAAGGAAAGGAUGCUGUCCGGCGUGGAGAAGGUGGAUUCCAACCUGGGUGGAGCGCCGGGGAGCGACCCCGACAGCCCUGACAACAACGCCACCAGAGGAGACGAAGGGGGAGAAGGGGUCGCCCUGAAGAGGACCAUCACCCUGUUGAACGGCGUGGCCAUCAUCGUGGGCACCAUCAUAGGCUCGGGCAUCUUCGUCACACCCACCGGCGUGGUAAAGGAGGCCGGCUCGGUGGGUCUGUCCCUGGUAAUAUGGACGGUAUGCGGGGUGUUCUCCACGGUGGGAGCCCUCUGCUAUGCGGAGCUGGGGACCACCAUCAGUAAGUCCGGCGGGGACUAUGCCUACAUCCUGGAGGUGUACGGCUCCCUGCCGGCUUUCCUCAAACUCUGGAUCGAGUUGCUCAUCAUCCGGCCGUCCUCCCAGUACAUCGUCGCCUACGUUUUCGCCACCUACGUUCUCAAGCCAGUGUUCCCUGAGUGUCCGGUGCCGGAGAACGGGGCCAAGGUAGUGGCCUGCCUCUGCAUCCUCUUGUUGACCUUUGUGAACUGCUACAGUGUGAAGGCGGCUACCAGAGUGCAGGACUUCUUUGCAGCGGCCAAGCUCCUGGCACUUGGAAUGAUCAUCAUCAUCGGCUUUGUCAAGAUUGGCCAAGGUAGCACGGACCGACUUCUUCCUGAAAAUUCCUUCAAGGGGUCCAAAUAUGAGUUUGGCAGCAUCGGCCUGGCACUCUACAGCGGUCUGUUUGCCUAUGGUGGCUGGAACUACUUGAAUUUUGUCACAGAGGAGAUGAUUGAGCCUUACAAAAACCUUCCCCGUGCCAUCAUCAUCUCUCUGCCCAUAGUGACAGUAGUGUACGUUCUGACCAACCUGGCAUAUUUCACCACCCUCUCCCCUGAGCAGAUGCUCGGCUCCGAGGCUGUGGCUGUGGAUUUUGGGAACUACCACCUGGGUCCGAUGGCAUGGAUCAUCCCGGUGUUUGUAGGUCUGUCCUGCUUUGGAUCUGUCAACGGCUCUUUGUUCACAUCAUCCAGGUUAUUCUUCGUUGGUUCCCGGGAGGGUCACCUGCCCAGUCUGCUGUCAAUGAUCCACCCCACCCUGCUGACACCGCUCCCCUCACUCAUAUUCACUUGCUUGAUGACGCUGCUCUACGCCUUCUCCAACGACAUCUUCUCCGUCAUAAACUUCUUCAGCUUUUUCAACUGGCUGUGCAUCGCCAUGGCAAUCAUUGGGAUGAUGUGGCUCCGUUAUAAGAAGCCGGAGCUGGAGCGACCAAUCAAGGUGAAUAUUCUGCUGCCGGUGAGUUUCGUGCUCGCUUGCCUCUUCCUCAUCAUCGUCUCCUUCUGGAAGACUCCGGUGGAGUGUGCAAUUGGCUUCGGCAUCAUCGCUACCGGAGUUCCUUUCUACUUAAUCGGCGUGUGGUGGAAGGGCAAACCCAAGUGGAUGCUGCAGGGAAUCUCCUCGACCACAGCUUUGUGUCAGAAGGUGAUGGAGGUGGUGCCUCAGGCGACCUAAAAGGCCCCGCCCUUUACCUACAGCCAGGGACCAAUCGGGUCAACAGUGAUCUCUGGGCUCUGACAUCGGAUGAAGCUUGAUCUCUGUUGACCUCUCACACACACACACACACACACACACUCUGUCUGCGGGAUGCUGUUAGGAACCUGAUGAAGUAUGGACAUUGUUUAGUCACUAACUACUAUAUUGUAGGUUGUUAUGCUUUGUUAUUGUUUUUUUUUUUACGAUGCAUUUCAAUUUCAAUUUUUUGUGAAUAAGUUAAUGUAAAAUAUCAUCCCUCAUCAGAAACCUAUUGAAUUUUGCAAGUUGUGCCUUACUUAAUGAAGGUGUAACUGUCAGCUGUAGCAAUAUUUGUCAGUGGUGUCUGAGUCGGCUGUCAGCCUUGGCAUUGACCUGCAAAUAGCUGUAAACCAAGUCUAAACCUCUUUUUUUUUUUUUUUUUUUUUUUUUUUUAAUCCUACAAGAUUCCACUUUUAAUCUCCUGGAACCAACUGUUAAGUGAAAGUUGGAGUUGUCGCAACCAGAUUAGUUUAGUCAGAUAUUCAUUAAGCUAUGUAUUGGAAACCUUUGGUCCUGCAGUCAUUACAAUACUUUCGCACUUUUAGGUAAAAGUCUUGUGUUGUCUGUUGUCGCUCGUUGGUCGGCGGUGUGGCAUGUCGCACACUAUUCAGUGUGUGUCGACUUUCAGCCCUGCUCUCUGUUGUUUUUGUGACCCAGUGUGGUUUUAAAGUCAUCUAUGCUGCUGUAGGAUGUGAAUGAAGUUGAGUGAAGAUAUUGGUGUGUUAAAGAUGUUUUUGUGUUUCUCAUUUUUACAGUAAAACUAAAAGAACUAAAUCCCUCAGAGAAAGGAGAAAGAACUAUAGAUGUAAGUUCCAUUUUUCUGUUCAGGCAUGUACUUGCAUUACAGGUUUAUGUCUAAAGCAGAACAGACCAGCCGUGGUGGGAAACUUGAUGUUCUUUUGUGUGUGUGUGUGUGUGUGUGUGUGUGUGUGUGUGUGUGUGUGUGUGUGUGUGUGUGUGUGUGUCAGUUUCUCAUGUGAUCUUCUUAGACACAGACAGAUGAAGCUUAACUGCCUGGACUAACAGGCACCUGUGACAUUUACAUUUUAACGUUUCACUGUUCAACACUCCGUUAUGUUCUGUCACAUUUUGUUAUAUUUGUGUGUGGGUUUGGCAGUCAAUGUGGGUGGAGGUAGGUGGGGAUUAAUAAGCAGACAGACAGACAAUAUGCUUCAGUCUAUGGAGAGAGAUGCUACAGAGGAAAUGGGAAAUAGGACAUUUUGUUUUUAAAUUAGGGCGGGUAUGUUGGUGAAGUACAGAAGGAGCACAUGUGCAGAUCACAGUCAGAACUGCUAGUGUCUAUUUUUCAUUCUCAGUUCUUUUUUUUUUCCACACACAAAAAUGAGUGGUGCAUUAUUAAGGUUGAGCCUUCUCCUGGCAACGGACCAAAAGUACACGUUACAGUGGCAACGCUGUUUCCGUAUAGACAGCAUGACAGCUGUAGAGCCUGGCGGAGUUGUUGCCAUAGAGACAGCGCUGGUGGAUGCAGGAGGAGUUAAUGUGUCUGUUUUAGAGGUAGAACCUUUCUAACACUCCAGCCAUCGCACAAAGCAGAUGGGAAACUAACCUAAAUAGGACUGUAGAAAGUUAAUUUAUUUAUUUUUAGCAAACGUAUUGUUUAUUGUUAACAGUCCCUCUAACAUGUUUACAGGGCAUUUUGUGGAAAGUGCUUUACAAAUAAAUCUUUAUUUUUUUUUCGCUCAU